GUCAAUCAGUUCGCUUGUACCGCUCAACACGUUCGGCUGGUCUCGCUUUAUUUCGUCGCAUUUUUUAGUGAUUUAUUUAAUAAUUUACAUAAAUAAAUAUAAAAUAUAAUAAAUAAUUUAAGUGGAAGAAUUUCACUUUCAUUUGUAUUCAUCUAUCAACCUACAUACAUACAUACAUACAUACAUACAUACGUAUAUUGUAUUUAUAUUCUAUUGUGCCACAGUCCUGACGCGAAUUCGCAAUGGGAGUCUUUACCAGCUUCAACGGCCUGCUGUUAUUGGGCAUAGCGGUCACCACUGCUAUGUUCGUAUACAAGUAUCAAGAAAUUUCAAGUUCAGCGCCGAUUCCAGACUUAAAACACGAUCAAUACUGGGGACCGGGAAAGGCGGCUGAGUAUAAAGAAAAUGCAGCAAUUAAAAAGUUCGAUAUUAGUGCUAAACCAGAGCUGAUUGAAGCUCUAACGAAAAAGUUGUCUGAACCACUGGUGCUACCGGAACCACUUGAAGGUGUUGGAUUUCAAUACGGUUUCAAUUCGAAGUACUUGAGUGAGGUGAUUAAAUAUUGGCGUGAUUCCUAUCUACCCAAAUGGAAUGAACGUGAAACGUUUCUCAAACAAUUUCCACAUUAUGAAACGCAAAUUCAGGGCUUACGCAUUCACUACAUUCACGUUAAGCCAAAAGCCACAGAAGGUAAAAAGGUCGUGCCGCUACUAUUGAUCCAUGGCUGGCCGGGAUCUGUACGCGAAUUCUACAGAAUUAUUCCACUACUAACGAAUCCAAAUCCCAAGAGUGACUACGUGUUUGAAGUGAUUGCACCAAGUUUGCCCGGCUAUGGUUGGUCUCAGGCUGCUUCGAAAGUAAACUUCGGUCCCGCUCAAAUGUCAAUCGUGUUGCGCAAUCUGAUGCUACGUGUGGGUCAUGAGAAAUUCCUUAUACAGGGCGGUGACUGGGGUUCAAUACUCGGCUCUAGUAUAUCAGCUCUCACGCCACAGAAUGUGCUCGGUUAUCAUUCGAAUUUGUGCAACACCAAUCAUGUCGUGGCACUUGUACUUAAAUUCGCACGUAGCUGGUUCCCAAGCUUUUUCAUCACUGAGGAAAAUAGAGCGUUUUUCAAAACGUUGGGUAAAGACUUGCUCUUCAUCAUGGAAGAGAGCGGUUAUAUGCAUAUACAAGCAACCAAACCGGACACAAUUGGCACAGCACUCCAACAGAACCCCGUCGGUUUAGCUGCAUAUAUUUUGGAGAAAUUUUCCACUUGGACUAAUGUUGAAUACAGGCAGCUUGCUGAUGGUGGUCUCACUAAGCGGUUCACUAUGGAUGAACUAUUGGACAAUAUUAUGAUUUAUUAUACCACAAAUUCGAUAACAACAUCACAACGUUUAUAUUCUGAAGGCUUUAAUAAAGCUCAGCUCAGUCUGAAAAUGGAUUAUGUCCAUGUUAAGCCGCCCACAGGUUGUGCACGCUUUUAUCAUGAUCUUCUUCAUGCCACGGAUACUGAACUUGGCACUAGAUUCAAGAAUAUUAUCCAUAGCACAUAUCACAGCAAUGGAGGUCACUUUGCUGCAAUGGAGUUGCCUCAAAUUCUCUACGAUGAUUUUAUACAAUUUGUGGAUAAAGUUUUUGCCAAAUCGGCAACACACAACACAUAAAUCAUAAUUCGAAGAGGGAGUUUUUUUAACGAAAUUUUCAUAAUAUUUUGUAUGUUUGUUAAUAUUUUAUGAUAAAAUAAAAUAUAUAUUUUUUA